CGGGCAGAAUUACUUCUGUCGAUACUUAUAAAAGCCUGAGGAAAAAGCCUACAGGACCAAAUCAGCGAAUACUUGUAAAAUCGCUAAAGAUAUAACAUUGCUGUCUGUAUUACCAGAGAUGAAGGUCUGGGGUAUGCUGCUUGUUUGUGUGUUAACUUUUUUUGUGGGUGCCUGUCAUUUGGCAAAAGGUCAGGCCCCGAGGCACUGCUCUUUCGAAAGUGGUACUUGCGGCUUUGUCAAUGAUAGGUCUGGAACAGAUGACUUUGAUUGGACAAAACUAAACAAUGCUGCUGAAUCUGUCACAAGAUAUCGCAUAACAAAAACAUUUCUUCAUUCCUUUUUCUGGAGGUUUCGUUAUCGAACUAAAAAAGUUUUUUACAAAGCAUUUCCCCGUGGACCUAGAGGUGAUCACACAACCGGAAGUGGUUCUUAUAUGUAUGCAAGGACAAUACCGGCAGAUGUAAGAACAGGCAACCUCGGUCGUCUUGUUAGUCCUGUUUAUACAAAUGUUUCGUGCGUUACGUUCUACUAUUUCAUGCACGGUAAUGAUAUCGGUGAUCUCGAGGUUCUCGUUAAGACAGGGAACAAUACUCCUACUAAAGAGUGGUCGCUUUUUGGAAAUCAAGCCAAUGCUUGGAAACGGGCCACGAUACCAGUUAACGCUGGUGCUAACGAGACUGUGAAGAUAUACUUCCAGGGUGUGGUUGGAGCAUCAGGCAGAGCAAGUGUGGCUAUUGAUGACAUUGACAUAAGUUCAGAUCAGUGUUCGUUCUACCCAACACCGGCAAAGCCGAAGGGCGUUAUCACCGAUGGCCUAGGUAGCUGCACUUUUGAACGUUCUUCGUGUGGUUAUCAAAAUGUCAAGGACGACGAUUUUGAUUGGAUAAAAUCGGGAGUAGAAUCAUUCGUUAGUACUUUAGGUCCGAGAAGAGACCAUACCUCAGGGUUAGGCAAAUACAUGCACGCAGAAGGGUCAACAAGGGGAAGCAAGGCUCGUCUUGUUAGUCCAUCUCUCCACAAUAUUUCCUGUGCUAGCUUUUACUAUUACAUGUUUGGGUCCCAAAUCGGUACACUUAACGUGUACCUGAAGGAGCAAGGGAAUUCCACACGCAUUGAGCAAGUAACUGGUAACCAAGGUAACCAAUGGUACAAAUCACAACUUAUCCUUGGUCAAGAUGCUGUGAACAGAACCUUUAACUUGGUUUUUGAGGCUGUCAAUGGAAAUGGAUAUUCUGGAGGUGUUGCUAUCGAUGACAUUUCUACUUCGUUUAAUUCUUGUUUGGCCUUAAUUCCAACCUCUGGUCCCAACGUCAGUCCCACCAGUGUAUUACCAGACGGGUUAGUUCGCCUUGUCAAUGGACCAACAACCUAUGAAGGUCGAGUCGAGGUUUUUCACAACGGCGUUUGGGGUACUGUUUGUGAUGACUUCUGGGACAUAACUGAUGCUAAUGUUGUCUGUAAAAUGCUCGGCUACCCUGGAGCUGUGAGGACUACCAAAUCCCAAGUCUAUGGAAGAGGAGUUGGUACAAUAUGGCUGGAUGACGUGAACUGUAAAGGAAGUGAGACUUCGAUUGCUCAAUGUAGUCACGGCGGAUGGGGUAACAAUAACUGCGAUCAUUACGAGGAUGCUGGUGUCGUCUGUCGAUUAGAUUCAAACAGUACGUCAACCGGGGACUGUACCUUCGAGUACGACACGUGUGGAUAUCAGAAUGGCGACCGAACUAACAGUGAAUUUGAUUGGACGAGGAACAGAGGAUCGACACCAUCUUCUGGCACUGGACCACGUUAUGAUCAAAGUGGAAAAGGUUACUAUAUGUACACCGAGGUUUCUACAGGCGAUGCAGGAGCAAGAGCAAAACUGAUAAGCUCUGUGCUUCCAGCAAAUACCAAGUGCAUCUCGUUCUAUUACCAUAUGAGGGGCAAUGAUAUUGGAUGGCUCAAUGUGCAUAGUAAGAGAGAAACUUCUCAAUCUAUUGUUAAGCUAUGGACAUUAAUUGGAGAACAAGGAAACUCGUGGAUCCAAGGACAAGUCCCGAUCAAUGUUACUGGUGAUGUGGGUCUAAAGAUUAUAUUUGAAGGAGUUCGUGGGAAUUCUGAAAGAGGAGAUAUUGCCAUAGACACCAUUACCGUGUCCAACAAAACUUGCAACAUGACACCUAGCACAGCAACGCCAACAACAAUUAAUGCCCUUGAAGGUGACGUGCGAUUAGUCGAUGAUCCCAAUCCUCUUCAAGGUCGUGUGCAAGUAUUUCACAAUGGACAGUGGGGUACUAUUUGUAACAAUAUGUGGAGUGACGAAGAUGCAACUGUAGUCUGUAAGAUGUUAGGGUUCCCAGGACUUGGUAGAGCCAUUUCGUCGUUAAACAAGCCUCGAGGUGUUGGAAUAAUCUGGCUUGACAACGUACAAUGCACAGGAGGAGAGAGUAACCUUAUACAGUGUCGCAAGAAUCCAUGGGGACGCCACCAAUGUUUGCAUUCCCAAGAUUCCUGGGUUGCGUGCUCAAACGGCACGAUUGACAACGAAUGCAUCAGGUAUAAGAUAUUAAACAGCAAAGACAGAGCUAAAACAUUCGCGGGUCAAGUAAAUCAGUGCGACAGAAAAAGUGGUAUAAUUCCUGGACAGUGGCAUCGUUUUAUGGGACCUGCUGGAGAUCGAAUGCCUUCGUCUUGUGUUCCUGAAAACAGAUGUGGUACACGAGCGUCAGGCUGGUUGAAUGGAGGCAAUCCAACGGUCAGCGAAGAAAUGGUUUCCAGAACAGUUUGUUUUAGUUAUUUCGGUGAUUGCUGUAGAUGGUCCACUUCCAUCCGAGUGAAGAACUGUUCAGGAUUCUUAGUCUAUGAGCUCAAUAAACCACCAUCUUGUAAUCUUCGAUAUUGUGGCCAAGGUGUCUUCGUACCAACGCCAAUACCAACAACACCAAAACCUACUCGACCUACUCCAA